CGAGCGCUAGUAGCUCGGGUGUCACCGGCGUGGAAAGACGCGUAUCGUGCCUUAUCAGUUCAAAACUCUUUACGUAAAAGUAUCGAUGUUUUUGAAUAAAAAAUACAUAAAACGUAAUUCGUGAUAGUGAAAAUUGUGUUCAAGUGCGACAAAUCAAGUGAUUCGACAAUCAAAAGUGUGAAUUUAUCUGGUUUAUCGUGGUUUUAAAACAAAAAUCGCGGGUAAAACUUUUGUAUUAACGGAACUGAAUCGUGUCGGAUUUUUCUGCUGAUAGUAUUGGGUUAUUCGCAUAAUGACUAUGUCGUGGUGACAACGGCGUGAUGAUGAGGCUCGACGCACCGGAGAAGCAGCACAGAUACCACAAUCUGUUGCACGACGACCAUGCCAAUGAGAUGCUAGAAGGUGAGGGUGCGGGGCUGGCAGCCAGGGUUGCUGAGCUGGAGGUGCGGUGCGCUCGCCAGGCUGAGGAGCUGCUGUGUCUCCGGUCGACCCUCGCUGAUGCCCUGAGGAGACUCAACGCUCUCGAGGGUCGAGCCCCCACCGCACCCAGCGCGGGACAGAGAAAUGGUGCUUAUUCUGGUUCUACGGGUACCCCCACCAGGGAACUACGACUGAAGCAACCCUCGUACCGGGAGACUGCCAAGAGGACCUCCAGUUACGGCUCCAAUAUAUCCUCACUCCCACAAAGACGCGGUCCUCAGCACCAGUCAACGGGUUCCCUGCAGUCGGACUCGCCAGCGUCUUCCUCAUCACUGUCACCAGCCCCAUCACCCUCGCCCCGCGCCACUCCAGCACCACACCAUGCACCCUUACAACCUUACAGAUCACGAAACAACUCUACGUCCAGCAACCAGAGCGCCUCGCCCGGGGUCAACAACCUCACCAAGCGCUGGAACUCCACCGGAGACUUCAACGCCCAGGGUCUGCUGCCCAGCACUAGAUUCACUACAACAAAGUCGUUGCUAAACUUAUAUUCUAAGCCGUCACAAAAUGGACCGAUUCUGAAACAUGGCACCCACACUUGUCAGUACAACGAGGAAGAUGGUACCAUGCGCAUGUACCUGCGAGGCCGGCCCGUGGUGCUGUACGGGCCCAGCGAGCAUGAAGGCCUGGACCCUGCGAAGGUCGCUCCACCACCACAGAGCAAACUGAAGCUGGAGUGGGCCUAUGGAUACAGGGGCAAGGACUGCCGCAGCAACCUGUACCUGCUGCCUACUGGCGAGAUCGUGUACUUCGUGGCGGCGGUGGUGGUGCUGUUCAACGUGGAGGAGCAGUGCCAGCGCCACUACACCGGCCACACGGACGACGUCAAGUGCCUGGCCAUCCACCCCAACAAGCUCAUCGUGGCCAGUGGCCAGUGUGCCGGCCAUGACCGGCUUGAUGCCAGGCCCCACAUCCGCGUGUGGAACUCAGUAUCCCUGGCGACGCUGGCGGUGCUGGGCGCCGGGCACAUAGAGCGCGCCGUGCAGUGCCUGUCCUUCUCCCGCGCUGAUGGCGGCGCGCUGCUCGCCGCCGUCGACGACGGACCCGACCACACCAUCUCCGUCUGGGACUGGCAACGAGCUGAUAAGGGACAUUGUCUGGCUGAGACCAAGUGCUCAGUAGACACGGUGGUGGCGUGCGAGUUCCACCCGCUGGACCGCAACCAGAUAGUGACCUGUGGCAAGAACCACAUCGCCUUCUGGACGCUCGACCAGACCAACAUGCUGUACAAGCGGAUGGGCGUGUUCGAGACACGGGACAAACCCAAAUACGUCACCUGCCUCGGGUUUAACCAUAAUGGCGACGUCCUAUCCGGCGACUCAAGCGGCAACAUAGCAGUUUGGGCCCGUGGCACCAACACGGUCGCCAAACUGGUUCGCGGGGUCCACUCGGGCGCAGUAUUCUCACUAUGCGCACUGAAGGAAGGCGGGGUCCUCUCGGCUGGAGGCAAGGAUGGUCGUCUGGUACUGUUUGGGCCGGACCUGAGUCCCACGGGACAGGAGGCGGCCAUAGAAGGCCAUUAUGGAGGAGUGAGGGUUGUCGCCGAGGGCAGAGGUGACCAGCUCUACGUUGGGACCACUAGGAACUGUAUUCUGCACGGCGAUAUGCAGCUUGGGUUCUCGCCGGCUGUGCUUGGCCACGUGGACGAGCUGUGGGGCCUGGCGGCGCACCCGUCGCUGUCCCAGUUCGCGACGGCCGGCUGGGACCGACUGCUGCAGCUGUGGGACGGACUCUCGCACUGCACCGUCUGGAGCAAGGACAUCGAGGAGCGCGCGCAGUGCGUGGCGUGGUCGAGUGACGGCGGCGUGCUGGCGGUGGGCUGCCUCACCGGCAAGUGGCGCGUCUACGACCCACACUCCAGGGACCUGCUCGCUGAACAUACUGACGGGAGUGAGCCAAUCCAAACGAUCCAGUACUCUCCGGACAACUCGAUGGUGGCUCUGGGCUCUCGGGACAACUUCAUCUAUGUCUACCGUGUCGAGGAUAAUGGCGCGCGGUACAGCCGACUUGGGAAGUGCCUUGGCCAUUCUAGCUAUAUAACUCACUUGGACUGGUCGGAGGACAGCCAGUACAUCAGGAGCAACUCCGGAGACUAUGAGCUGCUUUACUGGAACGCCACAACCUGCCGCCAGAUCCCGCAGCCGACGUCGAUGCGCGACGUGGUGUGGGCGACCAACACCUGCCCCAUCACGUUCCAGACCAUCGGCGUCUGGCCCGAGAACGCGGACGGCACUGACAUCAACACAUGCACCAGGUCCCACGACAAUCGGUUGGUGGCUACGGGCGAUGAUUUUGGCAAGGUGAAGCUCUACGCUUACCCUGUAACCCAGCCUAAGUCGCUGUGCCACCAGUACGGCGGACAUUCGUCCCACGUGACGUGCGUUCGAUUCCUGCCUGAUGACUCGCGCCUCAUCACUACUGGCGGCCUCGAUACCAGCGUGCUGCAGUGGGUCGUCGACUAAUUUACUAUCAAACGGAAAUAUAGGAAGCCGAGAUUUACUCGAAGAGACAGAGAAAUAUAAAGAAAUAAUUAACCCUUUAAAGAGAUCUAAACAAAAAGCUACUGUUUUGUUUGGUAGAAAAUACACACCAAUGUAUAAUGUUAUAUUCAUGUCUUUGUCUCUUUCUCUAAAUCCUGGCUCAAAAACAAGAAAAAACAUACAAGACCAAUAUUUGUGAUUACGAAACUAAAAAUCAAGGUACCCAAUCACUUUUUGACAUUAGUCAAAUUAUACACGUUUAACGUAACGACAAAAUCAUACAUAUUGCUUAUUUUAAUUAGCACAGAGUUAAAGAUUGAUUUUUUAAUGAAGAUUCGAUUGUAACUAAGUCAAUCUUUAAUUAUUAUUGUAUUUUCAAUCUAAUUAUUGCUACUGUAAGUCACUAAAUGUGCGCUGUUCACACACUUAUGAUUUGCGACGCCUACUACAAACGCCUAUUUAAGAAAUGUUUUUUUCUGUUUUUAUGCAAAUUGUGCUGUAUUCUUAUAUUUAUAUUAAAGUAUUGUACACUUAUAGCGUUGCAUAGAUAGGUGCACGGUUGUGAUCAUAACGAGCUAAGUAGAAGGAACAUUUAUUUGUAAACAUUUGUCUUUGAUGACACACGGACUUAAUUUAAUAAUCAAUCUAAUACAACAAUACAAAUGUUUACUCAUAAAUACAAAGUAAGGGAAUCCGUCGAUUUUUUAACACUAAGUGUAGAGCGUGUAUGGCAACACUAACGUUUUAACGAAAUGUAAACACACUUGAACACUGGUAGGUUUAUGUGAUUGAGCUUUUUGGCGCGUAAUUUUAAUAUUUUAGGCAUAAUAUAAUUAUGUAUGUACACAAUAUUUUACAUUGAUAAGUGAUAAUAAGAAAUUUUAAUACAAAUUAGAUUAUUUUCUUUUUAUUUUAUUAUAAGAUCUGCGUUUUGUGAACAUUAAUUUUAUUGAAACUGUCCGAUCGAGAUGAGGUCGGCAGCCAUUGUAAGUUGGUAAUUUUAUUUUAUUGUUUGAAUGACAAGAAAUUAAUUGUAAUUGUUUUAAAUAAUAGCAACAUGUGUUAUGUUGAUGCAGCUUACAGUACAAAGAAAUCACUUAUUUUAUAGUCCACUGAGACGGUAAGCUUAACCAUUUCAAGUUGUUUGGCGGGUGUAAUGUACCUGUAGCAUAGAGCAGGGAAAGCUUGAUCAGUUAAUCAUCAAUUACGUAAGUAAAAGUAUACUAAACAUUAAAUUCAUGAUUCGAGUACAUUCCACGAGCAAGUUGAGCCUAACAGUAACUAUUAUAGUUUUGUGUUUCAGUAGGAUCGUAAGGUUUAGUAGCCUAGUCACUGCGACAUCCGCAUCGGUGUAAUUUCUCACGUAACGUAGCACUAAAGUUAUUGUAUUUGUAAAUAUAUUGUACGACGGUGUCGCCGUCUGUUCAUUGUGCCUCCAAUAUAAUUGAAUAUUUCAAA